CCUACAAAAUCCACAUUUUGAAUAACACACAACCUGGCAAUGAUCCAUGGAUCCCUCCAACAACAGCAAUCAACAACUAUCCCAAUCGAAACCCAAAUCAAUACCGAAACGUUUCGUGAAAAAUCAAAUUCCAGAUUCCAUCCUCAACAAUCAAUCCCUCAAUGCCGCCAUCUCACUUCUCCCUCACAACUACAAUUUCGAAAUCCAUAAGUGCGUCUGGCGCAUCCGUUCUACGGGAGCAAAGCGCGUGGCUCUUCAGCUUCCAGAAGGUUUAUUAAUGUACUCUCUCAUCCUCUCCGACAUCUUCAGCUCCUUUGCUCACGUCACCCACUGCUUCAUUCUCGGUGACGUCACUUACGGCGCGUGUUGCGUCGAUGACCUCUCCGCCGCCGCGUUAAAUGCCGAUCUUCUAAUCCACUACGGUCACAGUUGCUUGGUCCCUGUUGAUUUCACCAAAAUACCCUGCCUCUACGUGUUCGUCGAGAUCAAAAUUGACGUCAACCAUCUGGUCGACACCGUUAAACUCAACAUCCAUAACCCUAAUGGCGUCAAAAUUAUCUUGGCAGGCACAAUACAAUUCGCGUCGGCAAUCAGGGCUGCGAAAUCGGAACUAGAAGGACACGGAUUCACAGUAAUGAUUCCGCAAUCGAAGCCCUUAUCGGCAGGUGAAGUUCUAGGUUGUACUGCCCCUAAAGUUUCUUUUCCGGAAUGGGAAUCGGAAUUGGAAUGCAUUGUGGUAUUUAUCGCGGAUGGUCGCUUUCAUUUGGAGGCGUUUAUGAUAGCAAAUCCGAGGAUUAAAGCAUUUAGAUAUGAUCCCUAUAUGGGGAAGUUGUUUUUAGAGGAGUACGAUCACAAGGGUAUGAGAGAGACGAGAAAAAGAGCUAUUGAAAAGGCUAAGGAGGUAACGAGUUGGGGGAUUGUGUUGGGGACUUUGGGGAGGCAAGGGAAUCCAAGGAUUAUGGAGAGAUUGCAGGAAAAAAUGAAUGAGAAAGGGUUUGAUUACAUUGUUGUUUUGAUGUCAGAGAUUAGUCCGGGGAGGGUUGCCUUGUUUGAAGACUCUGUGGAUGCUUGGAUUCAAAUAGCUUGUCCUAGAUUGUCUAUUGAUUGGGGUGAUGCCUUUGGAAAGCCUCUUUUGACUGCCUUUGAGGCUGAGAUUGCGCUCGGGCUUAUCCCUGGAUGGUGGGAAAGAAGUUUGCUGGUAAAUUCAGGUUGUGGUAAAGACAAUUCAUGUGGUGGGUGUGCAAAUGGGAAUGUGAAAUGUUGUAAAGAUGAAGUUCUUGGUGGAGAUUAUCCCAUGGAUUAUUAUGCUAAGGAUGGUGGGGAUUGGAAUUCUUCCUAUGCGAAGUUGUCUUGCCCUGUGCGGAGAAAUGUUAUGGGAACUGUUGCUGGUUCUUGACGAAUAGUUGGCAAAGAAAUACAAUGUUUGUAUAUCUAAAUCAAUUGUUCCAAGUGAGGAGAUUCUUACUAUAUAUUAAAUUCGGAAAGCUUAUUCUCUUAAUUCUAAUUUUUUAUUUAGAUAUGUAGUUUCUAAUGUUGUGAUUGCAAUAUAGAAACGGUGCAGCGUUUUUCUAAAUGUGUCUUUAUUUUAUAGGAAGACAAUGAAAUUGCUUAUUUAUGGUG